CAUUUAAUGUUUAUCAAGAUAUUGAUUCCUUCGACGGCUUCAAUGUAGGCAACUUUGUGAACUUUUAUAGUUUACAGUCGGCUUUACUUGCAUCAGGGUUUGGACUUAUUUCAAACCGACAUUUUAACAUUACCAGCACUCCAACGUCACUGACAUGUUUAACUUGUACCGACAAAUAUUCGCUCUAGGUAUACUGUCGUUACUACAUGCAGCGUAUUCAGCGGCUCAGCAUCGAUCUUAUUUACGAAUAACGGAACAGGAAUUUGAUGGAUUACCAUUUGAUAUAUUUGUGCAAGGUGUAGUUAGUCUUUUUCUGUCAAUGUAUGGAAUAUUGUACUUGGCAGGAGAUUUUAAAGAAGUGAGAGCCAUUGAAGAAUUGGAAUGUAAGACAUGGGAGACAUUACACAACACACCUGCAUUUUAUAUAUUUAAUCACAGAGGUAAAACUCUGUUCUCUAAUACGUUUUAAUUAAUUAAUGGAAUCCAAGAAGCUGGAAAUGUCAUAUUUUCAGAACCUGGAAUGGUUUCUUUUUUAUUUUGGUAUUUAUUUAUUAUGUUGUGUUCAGAAUUUAAUUCAACAAUAUUAUAUUCACUUAUUUUAAAUGUAUUUACUGCUGCUUGAUUCAAUUAUAACAUACCUAAAUUAGA